AGAAAGAAAGAAAGAGAGAAAGUAGCGACCUUCCGCGAUCAAAAUCCUCCGAAAAGCAUUCGCAAGUGCGGCAUCGAUUCCAAUCAUAUAGAUCGCCCUCCGUCAGAUAUUUGAUCUCCACACGGAAGUUCCGCCGGAAAUCGCCGAGCCGGAGGCUGUUGUCAUAGGUAACCGAAGAAGUACUGGACUCUCUCUGUCUAUCGGUGGAUCGAUCGAUCAAUGCAAGAAAAAUCGCUAAGAAAAUCUAACCAAGCUCCAAAUUUCCCCAAUUUUGUGGGGUUUAGGGUUCUUCCCGGUUCUGAAAGAGAUCCAUGGCGCGGUAAGGCGAGCAGAAAUGCCGGCGUCGCUUCUUCCCACAUCGGCCGAUUCCCAGUUUCAAAUGCAGGCGUGCAAUCGAUCCGGCGCGCUAUGCAUGCUCCAUGCGAACAAAUCGGCAUGGAGAGUUUCUUUCCGCAAAGAAUGGGGCAGGGGACGAUCUACGAGCAGCACGAAGAAGAGAUUGCGCGUUGCUCGGUGCGCCGCCAUGAGCGCUAUCCAAGAAUUCCAGCAGGAUUUCGGGGUGGUGGGAGCGGUGGUGGCUGGAGCUUAUCUCUGGAUCCAAGGCUUCGAGCUACUCACUAGAUUCAAUGUCCUAGACCAGAAGCUUUCUCGCAAGCUCGUCCAUAUGACAACGGGUCCACUCUUCAUGCUUUCGUGGCCCCUCUUCAGCUCUUCGUCGGCGUCCCGCUACAUUUGUUCGCUAGUUCCACUGGCCAACGCUGUGCGUCUUCUAAUCCUCGGCCUCGGUUUGAGAACAAACGAAGGGGUGGUGAAGUCGAUGAGUAGAGAUGGCGAUGCCAAAGAGCUUUUACGAGGUCCUUUAUACUAUGUAGCGGUGCUCUUCAUAAGCACAGUGUGCUUCUGGCGUGACUCUCCCGUUGGAAUGAUAGCUCUGUCUGUGAUGUGUGGCGGUGACGGGAUUGCUGACAUAAUAGGCAGGAAGUUCGGGCGUGAAAAGCUUCCAUACAAUGAGAAAAAAAGCUGGGCCGGAAGCACAGCAAUGUUCGUCUGUGGAACAGCGCUCUCUUUCGCGUCGAUCUAUUACUUCACGUAUCUGGGCUUUUAUGCCUUGGAUCCGCUCGAUACUCUAGCUCGUGUCACAUUCAUCUCGCUAGCAGCAACACUUGUGGAAUCGCUGCCAAUCACGUCGUCUUUGGAUGACAAUCUCAUGGUCCCAACGACGGCCAUGCUGCUCGGCUCGAUCUUAUUCUGAAGUAAGAGGUUCGUGACUCCACUUUCUCACAUUUUAUUUUAAGCAACGGUUAAAGCGAAACAAGCUUUGAUGCUAAGCUGCCAUGCAACUGGGCCGGCAGGACAGCAGUGUUUGUCUGCAGAACAGCUCUCCCUUUUGCGUUAAGUGUCUAAGCAUCAAUACUUCAGGGAUCCACUCUUGCUCGUCUCGGCUGGCCGUCAAGUCCACUGUCGGACCACUACGAAAGUGAAAACAAGGAAAUGAUAGUUGCGACCGUGCACGUCAUGGCGCCCAUGGCCAAUCCAAGACCAAUGAACACCAGAAAGUUAUUAGCCAUCUUCAUGUCGUGCCUGUUUCUUCAACCUACAAACCUUCCGCUGAAAGAAAUGCCAAGGACGCUGUUAAUAGGGC